ACCAAUAACGUCAUUGCGCGCGCUGGACUUGUGACGCAGCGUAUCGUCUGCUAAUUUUGCGCGCUUUAUAAUUUUUAUUGCCAGAGGUUUAUAAAAUAGCAGUUAUCGGUUAAGCAAUAAUAGAAUUAACAGAAGUUUGUUAGGAACACGUUUGGUAUUUUCUUGUUCCGGCUGAAUUUUAGUUCUCAUUCUACAUUAAUUUCAGACGAUACAGACGAGCACACGCAUAUAUAUCUCGGAUUCUUAUUAAAUAUAUUCAUUCAAUAUGAAACGUUUAGUUUUAUUAUCCGUACUUUACAUUUAUUUGGAAACAGGACUUUGUAUAAUUGAAGAAGCAAAUAUAUCGCCGAUGGAUGCAAAUAGUGAUGAACUAUCAGAAAGGUCUCUAGGACAUCAUACAUCAAUAGUAAAGAGGAACACUGCCUUUAAAAGACUACCAGCUUGGUCAGUGUAUUACGGCAAACGAUCAGGGGAACAAAACUAUGAUAUUCAUAAAACUGACCAAUUUGACAACGAUGUUAGGGAUAGUUUUGACAGCAUAGCAAAUGAUAUGGUAAAUGAUUCAGAAUCAGAGGAAGAAGGAAUUUCAAAACAAUGGAUGAUAGAUUAUCUUGAAAAUAAAGCACAAAAUAAUGAAAUAGAUACCAUAGAUGCUGUGAAACGAGCGAAUCUCAAACGCCUGCAACCAUGGAUGUCUACAUAUGGUAAAAGAAGCAGCGAGGUUUUAAAUUCUGGCACAGGAUUCGAUAUCGAUAGGAUCGAGUCAAGUUCUGAAACUGGACACAGCAAUCAGAAAAGAUUCAAUCAUUUGUCUGAAGAUAUAUUUGAUGGUAAUACAGAUUUUGACACCGAAGACCUUCAAUCUGACAAUAUGUUAUAUUCGAAACGUUAUCCAGGAUGGUCAGCUAGUUAUGGAAAGCGAGCUCCUUGGGGUGUUACAUAUGGAAAGCGAGCUCCCUGGGGUGUCACUUAUGGAAAGCGAGCUCCAUGGGGUGUUACUUAUGGAAAGCGAGCUCCUUGGGGUGUCACUUAUGGAAAGCGAGGUCCGUGGGGUGUCACUUAUGGAAAGCGAUCUCCGUGGGGUGUCACUUAUGGAAAACGUGCUCCCUGGUCAGUAACGUACGGCAAACGAGCCCCAUGGUCAGUGACAUACGGGAAAAGGGCACCUUGGGCUGCAACCUAUGGUAAAAGAUCACAGGGCUGGAACGCUUUCUACGGAAAAAGAGCACCAAUGUGGCAAGCUGUUUAUGGUAAACGCAGUUCUGAUGACGCGACUGUUGACAAUACUGUCUCCGACAUUAUGGAUGAUACUGAAGAAACUACAAAUUCUGCAGAGAAACGAGGUUCACAAGCCUGGUCAGCCUUUUACGGGAGAUAAUAAAUUUGAAAACGUAAUGUUUGAAAUGCCGUAAUGUACGGCUAGGAAAGGUCCAGUGAUCCAGAACUUGGUUAUAUAUGUCUGAAAGUCUUCUAUUCAUUCAUAAAUUGAUUCAUGGGUAAAUAUAUUAAUAACUUCUCUAAAAGUCUUAAAGAAUGUUUUAUUUUAACAAAACAAUUUGGCAAAAAUUGCUUACGUAUUCAGUACAUUAGAUGCUUCUGCUAGUUAGCAUUUAAUCCUCUUUUUUGCAAUGUAUGAAAGAUUUUAAUGCAAGAAAUGAAAUAUAAAUAAUAGUUUUAGUUAUGUUUAAAAGUUAUAAGUUUUGUGCGCAGUUGAAUGUUUUCAUUUUUCCAGUGUUAUAUUGCAUGAAAUAUUCUGAUGACAACAUCCAAUUUGUAGACUGUUAAAGGGUAUUAAUAUUGUUAAAACAGAAUAAAUUGUGCCGGUUGCUAUUUUAAAGGGUUUGAAUGUAUAGCAAUGUUUAUGUGUAUGCGCCGUUCGCACUAUCAUAAUUUUCGAAGCAUAUAAAGAGCUGUUUACACUAUAAUAAAAGAUUUAUUAUUCUCGCAAUUAGGCAUUUUACUUUAGUUUCAUAUAAUUAAUAUUGAUACUAGCAUUGUUUUCAGUGUAAGAAGGGAGCAAAUAUAUAACUUCUUUUUAUGCCCUGUUUCCAAACAAAAUAUAAACAUUAUUUACUAUCAUAUUUUUAUUUUUGUUGUUAUUUUAGAAAGCUUUGUAUAUUAGCUGCGCAGAAAUUAUACAUUCCAAUAUUUAUAUUUCAAUAAAGUAACAACAGACGGUG